AUGGAGAAUCGUCAACCUUCAACCCUUUUGUCCAUGUAUUUAAGUGGCUCAGCAUGUGAAGAAUUAGAUCUCGAGAUGAAUUGCCAAGUUGUUUUAACUCGUCCGCCAGAUAUCAAUUUACCGUCUUUAACCGAGCAAACACUCCCUCCACAAUCUUGGAAUGCUGAAAAGUGUGAUAUUCUUGAUGUUGGACUAAGUUCUCAAAUUUACGAGAGUGAUAGUUUUCUAAGUUUUCCCAAGGUUGGGAAGAAAUGUGGUAAAAGAAUCGAUAAUGUAUGGGGUGCGUGGUUCUUCUUCAACUUUUACUUUAAGCCAGUCCUGAAUGAGAAAUCAAAGGCGAAGAUCAUACUUGACAGUAACGGAGUUUCUGGGUUUGAUAAAUCUGAUGUUGAGCUCGAAGUUUUUAUGGUUCAACAUGAUAUGGAAAAUAUCUACAUGUGGGUUUUCAAGGAAAAACCCAAGAAUGCUCUGGGUAAGAUGCAGCUACAGAGUUAUAUGAAUGGGUUUUCUCGUCAAGGGGAUCGACCCUUUCCAUUUAGUGUUGAUAAAGGUUUUGUUCGAUCCCAUAGGAUGCAACGUAAGUAUUACAAGGGACUGUCUAACCCUCAAUGUGUUCAUGGCAUUGAGGUUGUUCCUUCACCCGAUCUCACAGGUCUUGAUGAAGAUGAUCGCAGAAGAUGGGCAGAACUCACGGGUAGGGACCCAAAGUUCACCAUCCCACCUGAAGCAAGCAACUACGGAUCAUGGAGAAAUCUGCCAGCAACUGAGUUCGAACUUGAGAGGCCACCUCCUCCAAUAAAGAGUAAUCCACAUUCCCGCUCAAAAAAGUUGCUCAACAGAUCUGCACUAAGUCUAUCGACUCAGCCAGCCGACCAUAGCAAUGGUGAUCUGAUUGAUCUAUCACCUGUUGGCAGCAAGAGAAAGAAAGAUUUCGUCUCACUUGGAAACGAAGAUGAUUGUUAUUUUGCAGUAAGUGCACCUUCAGAUCGAAUCUCUGAUAUGGAAAUUCAUUCUGACAAACCACUCUGGCUGAAGGAAUUUAGUGGAGUUCUCGGGAACGUUUAUGGACCUGUAACUGCUGCCAAAACAAUCUAUGAAGAUAAAGAAGGUUUUCUGAUUGUAAUCAGCUUGCCAUUUGUAGAUCUUCACAGAGUUAAUGUUUCAUGGAGGAACACACUCACUCAUGGAAUUAUCAAGGUGUCGUGUACAAGUUUGUCCGGCACACCAUUUAUCAAGAGACAGAACAGGACUUUCAAGCUUACAGAUCCAUCACCAGAGCACUGCCCGCAGGGAGAAUUUGUUAGAGAAAUCCCACUUUCUACCCGAAUUCCAGAAGAUGCUAAUAUAGAAGCAUACUAUGAUGGGCCACAAACAAUACUCGAGAUUUUGGUGCCAAAACUCCGCGAGGGACCAGAAGAACAUGAAGUUCGUGUUUGCCCUCGUCCCAACCACGGGAACAACAAUCUUAUGUUGACCUAG